AUGCGGAGGAAUUGUACUUGGAGUCUUAUGGCCUUCACCACUGCCGCAGCUAUUGUCGGUUCUGUGGACCGCAAGAUUUUUGUCUUGUUGAGAGACGGCCGCAACAUGUCGGGAAUAUUGAGAACAUUUGACCAGUUUGCCAAUUUGGUUUUGCAGGACACGUUUGAGAGAAUCUACUUGCCCAAACUAGACCAAAACAGCCCUGUCAGGUUUGCAGAGGUUCCUAGGGGUGUGUUUAUGGUGAGAGGUGAGAAUGUCGUGAUGCUCGGGGAGCUAGAUAUUGACAGAGAAGACGACCACUUGGCAGAAAUGCAACAGAUUCCAUUUGAGCAAGCCGAAAAGGAGUGGAAGGGGAUUCAGGAAAACCGCAUCAAGAACGAAAAGGUAAAGACCAAGAAGUAUUUGAAGAGGGGUCUUAUUCACGACUUUGUCAAGUCCGACUUGUACUAG